GUCGUAUUCGAUAGUGUGAUUUAGACUUACUGUAAGCGAUGUUCUUAAAAGAGAAUCGGAAGAACAUAGCGUCUCGAAUGAGGUGGUCGACGUUGAGACGCUGACUGAGGAGAAGUGUGAGUGGGGCGCUUGCCAAUUAGUGUUUUCCACACAGAAGGCGUUAGUAGAUCAUGUAGCUGAUUGCCACGUAAACAUAUCAAAUCGUGAUUGGGUUUGCAAAUGGCGAGCGUGUGAUCGCACGGAGCCAUUUCGGGCUCUUUACAUGCUCGUUGUUCAUGUACGUAAACACACUGGAGAGAAACCCAACGAGUGUACGCAUCCGGGAUGUAACAAAUCUUAUAGUCGACUUGAGAACUUAAAGACGCAUAUGAGGACGCACACUGGAGAAAAACCAUACGCUUGCGAAAUUCCCGGAUGCCCAAAGGCGUUCAGUAACGCCAGCGAUCGCGCAAAGCACCAGAAUCGAACUCAUUCUAAUUUGAAGCCUUACAUUUGUUCGGUCUCACAGUGUGGUAAGAGUUACACUGAUCCAUCUUCCUUGCGAAAGCAUAUAAAAACUGUCCACGGUGAUGAGGCUUACGAGAGAGCUAAGAGAAACAGGCCGCAUAAUACCGGAGGAAGGCGGAAGGUGCUAUUUUCGCUUCUUUCAUGUGCUUUAUACUCGUACCUGUUUCGUUUGUCUUCAGAAGACCAAUCAAAUGCUAUACCUCUUCCAGUUCAUAGCGAUGGAGGCGGUCAUGGUGGCCGCACUUUUUCGCAAGGAUCCGCAGCUUCAGUACUUGGGUCAGGGGUAGAUCUUAGCCCGGCUGAUUCCUCAACUUCUUGCAAUUCUAGUGGAACGGGUACUUCUGCUGAUUUAUCUGGGUCCCAGCAGAGUUCAAAAAGUUUCUUCAUAGAUCGGAUUCUCAGCAAUGUUAGCAAGGCAACGAAUUUUGCUGUUCAGAAGCGCCGUAAGUAUUGUUAG